CUUCCUUUGUUUAUUUCUUUUUCUGCCCUCGAAGAUUCCAGAAAGGUUUCAUUCCAACGUUUCGCGCUCUUUCGAUCGCCUCCCGCCCUACUCGCUCCCCCAAAAGAACCAUUCUACCGCCACCGCAACCCACCCCGCCGGCCCGCCCCUAUAUCACGGCUAUAGGCUCCUCUUUUUUUCCCUCGCCUCGCUAUCGCCAUUGCUUCAGUCGUUGGGACCAUAGCUCUGGGCUUCCAUCCGAUGGGCUCGCCGCGACGGGAGGUGGAUCUCCGGACGGCCGGGAUGGAGGGAGGAGCGGAGGAGGCGAUCGAAGAGGUCGGGGAGAGCUCAUCUCCGCCGAGAGGGCUCGGUCUCGGCGGUGGGGGAGGGAUCGCGGCGAACGACAUCGAGAACAAAAUCUUCACGCGGUUGGUGGGGAACGGGAAUGGGGAGGCCGUCUCCAAUCCCGACUUCAAGGACCAGCUUGAGGCCCGCUUCAGCCGAUUGCCCCACAGGUUAAUGUCCGUGAUGGGUAGCAAUGAAAACACAGCUGAAGUUUCAAGAACACUUUGCUCUAGUAGUUCUCAAGCUAUGAAGCCCUCUAAUACAGAUAGCUUUCGAGCGAGCAAAAAAAGGAGGUCAGAGAUAUGGAAUCAUUAUAGUGAAGUAGAAGACCAAAAAGACAAGGCCAAAUGCAAUUAUUGCCAUUUUAUUUUUUCAGCCAAUCUUAAAAAUGGGACAAGUCAUCUUCACAGACACACAAAGAACUGUAAGUCCAAAAAAAGUCUUGAUAGGAGGCAGAAACAGUUAAUAGGUAAUGUGGCUUCAAAAGAUGGUGUUGUAUUGAAUGAGUUGACUCCCUAUUCAUUUGAUCAAGAGAGAAGCCGUGAGGAUCUUGCAAGAAUGAUAAUUCUACAGGAGUUGCCAUUUAUAACAGUUGAGCACCCAGCUUUGCAGAAAUUUGUUAGGGACCUUAGACCUGAAUUUCAUGUUGUUUCAAGAACAACAUUGGCAUCUGAUUGCUUUAAAGCAUAUGAAAAGGAAAAAAGAAGACUUGAUGAUUUGUUUAAGGCAAACUGUGGAAGAAUCAGCUUAACAUCCGAUAUGUGGACAUCAAAUCAGACAUUAGGAUAUAUGUGUCUCACUGCACAUUACAUCACUAAUGAUUGGAAACUUAAAAAGCAUAUUAUCAGUUUUAAGAUGGUUCCUUCACCACAUACGGGCUUAGUCAUUAGUGAUUGUAUAGCUAGCUGCAUUUUAUCUUGGAAUAUCGAGAAAAGGUUGGGUUCAAUCACUGUUGAUAAUUUGCCAGCAAAUACAAUUGCAGCCAUGGAACUUCAAAGAAAAUUUAGAAGAGAUUUACUUUUGGAUGGUAAGUUCUUUCAUGUGCGUUGCUGUGCACAUAUUCUUAAUUUGAUUGUGAAGGACGGGUUGAAGAUUAUGGAGGGUGCUAUUCAUAGGAUCCGUGAGGCUGUUAAAUAUGUAAAAUCAUCUCAAGCAAGAUUGGAAACAUUUAUGGAAAUUGCGAAACAAUUAAAGAUGAAUGAUAAGAAAAAGAUAUGCAUAGAUGUACCUACUCACUGGAAUUCUACAUAUCUCAUGUUAGAUGAUGCUAUACAAUUCAAGGAUGUGUUUAUGCGACUUGAGGCACAGGAUUCUAAUUUUGAAGAUGCACCAACUGAGGAAGAUUGGUCUCAAGGCACUAUUAUUUGUAACUUUUUAAAAGUUUUCCAUCAUAUAACUAAAAUUUGUUCACAAACAAAAAGUCCAACUACAAAUUUGUAUUUCUAUGAAAUUUGGAGAAUACAUAUGCUAUUGAUUCAAGAAUCUAAGAGUUCAAAUGCAGUUGUGACAAUGAUGGCCUUAAAGAUGCAAGAAGAAUUUGACAAAUAUUGGAAGCAAUGCUCUCACAUUCUUGCCGUAGGGGUUGUUCUUGAUCCAAGAUAUAAGAUGAAGCUUAUUAAGUAUUGCUUUCAAAAAAUCUAUGGUAAUGGUGAUCGUGCUUCAUUUGAAAUCAAGAAAGUGUACGAUGUUCUUCAAAAUCUUUAUGAUGAUUAUACAAUUUUAUAUGGUGCAAAUGUCGCUCAUGUUCAAGUGGAGGUGAUGGUGUCUACAUCUCAUGGUAGAGGAGAUGAGAGUUUUUUUUUGCAAGACUAUAAAAAAUUUAUCCGAGAAAAAGAAGUUGCCCAACCUUCCAAGUCAGAAAUAGAGAUGUAUUUGGAAGAGAAGGUUCAUUCAUUAGGGGAUCAAAAUUUUGACAUUCUAGACUAUUGGAGAUUCAAUGAAUCAAAAUAUCCAAUAUUGUCUAGGAUGGUACGUGAUAUCUUGGCAAUUCCUGUUUCUACCGUUGCAUUUGAGUCUGCCUUCAGCACUACUGGCAGGGUUUUGGAUGAUUUCCGUAGCAGCCUAUCCCCGGAUAUGGUUGAGGCAUUGAUAUGCACACAAGAUUGGCUUCGAGACACCUUGCCUCAUCUUGCAGAUGACCCACCUCCUCAUACUAAUUACAAGGUUGAAGAUUACGAAACAGCUAUUGUUAUUAGCACUGAUGAUUAGCUUAUGUAGCUAUUUUCUAUCAAGUCCAGACAACGUUGGGGUGCGACUUUGCGAACUGAAGAGUAAGAGACUCUUGUGUGAUUACAUCUCUCUCUCCCUCAUUCUCAUGUAAUGAAUGUUUGGAUUUGUAUGUCUCUCCAUGUGAGGGCUUUGCCUAAGGCCUUUUAAACUGGCUUAUUGGGCCUUGUAAUGGGGCUAAUCCCACCAGGAAUGGGGAAAUAUAUCAGGUUGCCUCUUGCUUCCUCUAUUCAUCUGUCAUCGCAUUGAGCUUUAUCACUUGAAUCUUGUAGUUGUCCGUUGAUGUUCGAAACAUUAUUAUUAGGUUCCUUUUUGAUUUGUCCUGUCCACUUUAUUAGGUCUUGUGCACUUCUAUCUUGGUGAAGUCAAGCUCCAAUCCAUGGUCCACACUAACCUCAAAGGCACCAAGAAUUUCAUUGCGAUCUCUUAGAUCCUAACUUAUGCCCCUGUUGUCAUUGCAGGAUUCAUGGUUAUACUACUUCUUGCUUUGCUUUGUGAUGAAAGUUUUAUGGACAUGAUUGCCCCCUUAGUUUUGACAAUUCUUGAUUCUAUCCAUAUAUCAGGAGUCAGAUUGUUGAUGAGUUUUUUUUUUUUUAUAUAGUCCUUUGAUGAACUGGACCCGAACAAACAAAUCCGACCCGGACCCAAACCGGACCAAAUUUUUUUUGGAUUGGGUCCGGAUCAUAUAUGAAUCCGACCCGACCCGAAUGACCUGUUGGAUCAGAAAUUGUAGUCAUGAGUCCGACCCGACCUGAUCUUCAAUUAGAUUGGGUUUGGGUCCAAAAUAGCUGAUUUUCACUGUAACGAGAAGGACAAGGACCAAACUCGUUAUUGUCGAGUGCUCUGCAAUUGAUAAAUUCUUAUGGACUUGUUGUAGCAUACUCAACAAGGUCAGUUAGAGAUCUAAUCAGUGGAAAUUCCAUCUCACUGUGAGGCACUUUUAGUGGGGUGCGAGAUUACUUAUUCUCCUAUUCAUCUUCUUUGUCAUUUUCAUAAUCUUAGAGUACCUUUGAAUUCGCAUAUGGUUCUGUAGUUUCUUAUUGUGGGUAAACAAGCCCAUAGACAAGAAAUGGCUGUAGAACAGGCAGUCACCUCCUCCAACCAAGCGCAAUGGGCUGCUGAGGCAUUCAAGCCAGCAGAUCCUGUGCAUCCCUCUGGCUGCUACAGUGACAACCAUGGUGGCCCAACAUUAUGUUAGUUUGACAUCCAUGUAUUUUACUUUUUAAUGAAUUCAAACAUAUCCAUACCACCAACAAAACAUGAAUUAUAUGUUUGGAAUGCAUGAACUCCAAAGAGGAACAAGUUACCAACUUCUAGAACACAUCUUAGGAAGUUAUUGACCAUCAGAAGCUACAUCAAGGCAUGUGAGUUAUGGUUGAGGUUGCCUUGCUUGCAAUGAUGUCCUCACAGGCCAACACCAUACGACUAUCUCCGUACCAGUGACCUUGAUCUUGUAGGUAUCAUGAUAUUUGAAAUUGGGUUUGAUUUUCGUUGGUGGUUACCAUAUGUGUCUGGUAUUAUCUACUAGUUUUGUUUCUCCUGUAUGGGUCCUGUGUGUGCCUAGCAGGGUCCUGCAGGCCUUUUAAACUGGCUCAUUGGGCCUUGUAAUGGGGCUAAUCCCACCAGGAAUGGGGAAGUAUAUCAGGUUGCCUCUUGCUUCCUCUAUUCAUCUAUCAUCGCAUUGAGCUUUAUCACUUGAAUCUUGUAGUUGUCCAUUGGUGUUCGAAACAUUAUUUUUAGGUUCCUUUCUGAUUUGUCCUAUCCACUUUGAUAGGUCUUGUGCGCUUCUAUCUUGGUGAAGUCAAGCUCCAAUCCAUGGCCCACACGAACCUCAAAGGCACCAAGAAUUUAAUUGUGAUCCUUUAGAUCCUAACUUAUGCCCCUGUUGUCAUUGCAGGAUUCAUGGUUGUACUACUUCUUGCUUUGCUCUGUGAUGAAAGUUUUAUGGACAUGAUUGCCCCCUUAGUUUUGACAAUUCUUGAUGCUACCCAUAUAUAACUUUAUGAUUUUCACAUUUUGCUAUAUUUUGGCAAUCUUGGUGAGUGAAUGACAUCAAGAUGGACCAAAAUAUGGGAUUAUUUUGGCCAAGGUCGAUGGCUGGAGAAAUUUUUUUUUUAAGAAAAAGGAUAUUUCGAGAUCUUGACCAACCUAUAAUGACCAAGGCAUUGGAAUAUCAGUGGGGGUAUUUGAGAUGAGAUUAAUUUUGUUUUGGACAUUGAUUUUAAUGUUUAACAUUCUCAAGCUGCAUUGGUUUAUCAGCUGUGGUAAUAAGGUUUAAUAGUUAUAAAUAUACUUUAUUGGUGAGUAGUGCAUUUGAAGUUGAUAUUUCGGCUAAGAUCUUGCAUAGGAUGAGAGCCAUGAUUUUCAAUUAUUUAUUCUUCUUUUCUAAGUUUAGUGGUGUUAUAUCAAUCCCAUAGGUUAAUAUUGAUAGAUCAAUUCUUCUUUCUUGCAACUUCAAGCUAAAAAUUUCAAAACUAUUUUGUCAUUAGCUUCUUGAAUUUAUUUAAUGCUGGAUUAGUGUCUGUCUGUAAGUCCUACUUUAGAUGUAUAUUGUGUUAGGAAAUUUUGAAAGCACUAGAGUUGACUCUCAAAGAUGUUUUGAUCGUUUUCUGUAUUGGGUAUUGUAAGAGUCAGAGCUUUUUUUUAGAAGAAAAGAAGACUUAGUUUAUCAAGAUAGCCUUAAAAGUGUCCUCAUAUGAUCCUUAAAGUUCAGAUGAAGUGGACCUCUGUUUACUGACAGAAGUUGACUCGAUCUUCCAUUUCUGGAUUAUGGUCUCUGCCAUCAUAAAUUUGAUGAUAUAUCAUCAUUUUUGAAGUUCACUUGUUUGUCUUCUACUUGUUGCUGAAACACAUCGCUGUUAGAAGCUUAAUCAUUCAUCUUUUCUUGUCUAAUGGACCAAAUGAUAGAUUUUCCGCUAUGGGCAGGAACUUUACCAUGCGAGUCCCUCAAGAUAAUUAAGGGGCAUUGUGAUUCUAUUUUCAUUUG